GUAUUUUGUACGAGCUGCAAGCUUUUUUAACACCGGACACGGGAAGACCGGAGAGCAAUACGAUGGCGAGGCCUAACAAGCGCAUGAACUCUGAUUUCUCGGAGAUAAAACGGGACAACGUAUCUUUGCGAUAUUGCAUCUUUUGCAAAAGCGAAGGGCGUUCUCUGUGGUGUGCUUUUCGGGCAGACUCCUGCGGGAGCAGUGGAUCCGCGCCAAGUACGAGAGGAAGGAGUUCAUGCCCGGGGGGUCGCAGGAGUCCUACUCAGCAGGCUACCGGGAAGGCUUUCUGUGGAAACGAGGCCGAGACAACGGACAGUACCUCAGCCGAAAAUUCAUCCUGUCCGAACAAGAGGGCACGCUCAAGUACUUCGUCAAGCCGGAUGGGAGAGAGCCGAAGGCCAUCAUGAGCAUCGGCACGCUGAACGCGACCUUCCAGCCGACCAAAAUCGGCACGGCCCACGGCCUUCAGAUCACCUACUUGAAGGACAACAGCACUCGCAAUAUCUUUGUUUACCACGAGGACGGCAAGCGACCCGCGUGUCCUUCUCCGAAGGAAAUGGUGGACUGGUUCAACGCCGUCCGAGCGGCCAGAUUGCACUACCUGCAGGUGGCCUUCCCUGGCGCUCCCACGGCGGACCUGUUGCCCAGGGUCACCCGCAACUUUGUGAAAGAGGGCUUCAUGGAGAAGACCGGCCCCAAGCGCACGGAGGCUUUUAAGAAGAGGUGGUUCUCCAUGGACGAGAGGAGGCUCAUGUACUUCAAAGAUCCGCUGGACGCCUACGCGCGAGGCGAGGUGUUCAUCGGCAGCAAGGACGACGGCUACAGCGUCCUGCCGGGCCUCCCGUCGGGCGUUCAGAGCUCCCGCUGGCAGUUCGGGAUCACCGUCGCGACGCCGGACAGGACCUUCCUUCUCGUGUGCGAGAGCGAGCGGGAGCGAACGGACUGGGUGGCCACGUUCCGGAUGGCGGUCGACCGGCCCAUGCUCCCGCCCGAGUACGCGGUGGAGGCCUGUUUUAAGCACAAACCUUGACCCUUUGCGGAAGCCGUACAGCAGGAUGACGAGACGACCUUCUCCAAGGAGCGAUUUUUUUUCCCCGUCAUACUUGACUGUCACACUAUGAGCAGAGGAGAGAACAUCCGGCAAGUCCAGUGCGGCACGUCGCGCAUGAGGUGAUUUCAUGUCAGGAUCGUUAGCCC